CCUAUAGGUAUUAACAAUGAUAUUGGAUCAACUAUUGUACAAUCUUGCAGCUUCAACAAUUCACAUGAAAUGAUAGAUGGUAUAGUGUAACUCGGCAAUAACCACAAAUUACCUGUCUGGACGAAUAUACCAAGACAAUAGCUAUUGUGGUUGCAAUCAUUAACAAUAGAACUAAACGCAUUCUUUGUUUCGUUGAAUAUGAUGUGAUAAUAACCACAAAGCUUCUGAAUACUUGGCUUUUGAGUGUUCUUGCAAAUCAAGCCUUUGAUUAUCUCAUAACUUCCGUACGAUGGCAUUCAGAACCAUGGUCUAUAUGAUGAAAGCCAAUAUUCCUUUCCUCUCAUCGAAGGCUGUUUGUUUUUGCAGUCAGGUUGUGGGGAGAAGUAGCAUUAUGCCGCAUCGGACACAGGAAAUUCUUGGGCGCUAUCGAUCGGGGAAGUGUACUAUUUGCAGAAUAGUACUUGAUCGUGGAGGGAGGAGAUUUGGGGUUGCCGAACUUCCAGAGCGUUUGGUCUCUGUUGUAGACGCUCAUAAACGUUUCUCGCAUGUGAGGGGAUACCUUGACGGCGACAUACCAUGUCGUCUCUUAAUCCUCCGCACCGUUGCCAAAUUCACCCUCGGGUUGACCCACGAGGAAGAAGUCAAGUUGGCUGCGAGGGCUUAUACCCAGUUCGCGCUGGAGAACGAUAUCCUAGUAGAUGACCCCGGCUGGAUCAAGAGCCUUUAUAGAGUCCCUUGCUUGGUGGUUGAGUAUCUUGUGGUCAUCAUGAAGAACCAGCUGGGUCCGUCGUACGUGUCCCAUAUGACUAGCGAGAUGCAGAAGUUGUGUCUUCCGGAGUUGUCGGGUUUCAUUUUAAAAAAAAAAAAAAAACGAGCAAACUGUAGUAUGACUUAUGAAAUAUGAUACCCAUAUCUAAGCGAGGCGUUAAACAGGGCGUAGGCCUAUCUACUUAGAUACCCCCGGCUGAUUAAUUCUAUCGCCGCCAUUCA